AUGGCGUGCCCUAUGUUUGCAGAAGUGGCCUCUAACCUUUCCAAGCGCAUGCUCCUGAUUUGGGGUGCCAGUUGCCGGCAAACCUUACAUGAGGCCUUCGAGGCCUCGGGUGACGCCUGGGUAUCUGUUGACCUUGCGUCCUGGCACCCGGGUCCCCAGGGUCCCGGGAAAAGCGAUGAUUGUGCGACGGACGCCGACUUAGAGGCCGCUUUGGGGCGCAUCCCUGUUGGCCGCUUGCGCCGUCUGAGACUUCGGGGGAAGUUUACCGAUACCGGCCUUGCACCCAUCCUAGCAAGGCAGGCUGGUCUGCAGGAGCUCUCACUCAUCGGGCCCGAGACCCGAAAGAGGAAGCUUGGAGGGAGUGGGGAAGAGCUCACAGGAGAAUCUCUGCUUGCAGCAAAGAGGCUGCGACGCUUGGAGGUAUCAGGCCUGCCCUCUGCUGUUGCGGCUCUCGCUGGUGCCAAGCGCUUGGCACCGGGGCCCUUCGUCGAAUUAGAGGAGCUUGUUCUCCACAGCCCCAACGAAUCUGAUCUCCAGGCCGUUCCAACCUUCACGGGACUGAAGGUCUUGGAGAUCGCCCCGGCCCCGCUGGUCUUCGAUGAAAGAGACCAUCUCCGGCCGGUUGCAGACCACAAGGGGCUGCUCCAGAUUCUCCGUGCCUGCCGCAAGUUGGAGUCCGUGUCUUUGGAAGGGACAUUGCUGCACCAGGAGCUCGUAGAAGCACUUCUGCAGCUUCCAGCUCUCACGGAGGUCGUCGGGAUCUUGGCCCAGGAUGUGAACGAGACCGUGGUCCAAGCUCUUUUGCACAAGUGUGCAAAUCUUGCUCUGGUUUCCCUGCAUUUGCAGUGA